UUGAUAAAAGAUUCAUACUUAUCAGUUGACUGCAUGGUAAGGUAAAAGAGCGAAUUGAAAUGGAGACAGAUGUUAAAUGCGAGGUUGGUUCUCUGUCGGUUGAGAAUUAAUUACAUUUGGUUGGUUAGCUAAAUGCCUUCGAAAAUAUUUUAAUCAUUUGUAGACCACAACAAGUGUGAUCUACGCUAUUUGUUGCUGUUGGCACUUUGAUCCAGUUGGGAUUCUUUUAUUCACAAGCUCAUCUUUUAAGGUGUUGUCCAAUAAAAUCGCGUAUUUCACUUCUAACGCUGAUCCAAUUGAAUCGUGUAUUUCACUUCUAACGCUGAUCUAAUAAAAUCGCGUAUUUCACUUCUAACGCUGAUCGCUUAGUGAGGAAACGGUUGUAUAAUCUUUUAACGCCUCGGGUUUAAACUCAUUACUUUCCGAUCGCGAAGGUAUUUUUCUAGCGAUCGAUUUGUUAAAACGCGUAAAUGUCCUUCAUCUAUGUGUUAAAUUUAAUGUAAAUAUCGUGCGAUUAUUUUUGACGCAAUUGGCAUGCCAUAAAUUUCCUUCCCGAUAUGACCUACUGGCUGGUGACCUCAUCUUUCUAUCGGGAUGACUUAAAAAUCACUUCCUCUGCGGAUCAUUUGACAGUUCAUACCCACAUGGGACUCGCAUGUUUGAAAUAAAAGAAAAAUAGUAAAAAAAAAAUGUCUCGUGCCAGAGACAAAGUUUUGAUGAGCCUUGGAGGAGUUGCAGGUCUAUCAGUGUUAGCGUGGCAAACAAUGUUCCCCUGGCUGAAGUAUGAUCUGCAUCAUAUAAAUCAAACCAAACCAAUGGGAGAGAAAAUGGUCAAAGAUCUAGCGAAUCAAAGAUAUCUAAUUGAAAUGUUUGAAGAGAGUGUCGCUAAACACCCCCAAAAAACAAUGGUCAUAUUUGCAAACAGGGAAUAUACUUUCGAAUUGGUGAAUGAACAAGCAAAAAUGGUGGCCAAUAUUGCAUAUGAGUGGAGGUUCAAAACCGGAGAGACAGUUGCCUUAUUGAUACAGAAUCACCCGGCAUUCAUCUGGACAUUUUUAGGACUCCAGAAAGUCGGUCUAAAUGUCGCUUUCUUAAAUUACCACAACAGGGGUAAACCUCUUCUACAUACUAUCAUCGUAAGCAAAGCUCAAGCUAUGGUUAUCGGACCUGAGGAAGAUUUGUAUCGUGCUGUUGAGGAAAUACGUCACGAUCUAGAGAUACCGUUAUAUGUAUAUGGUAGCUCCAGAUCCAAUGUCCCCGCCGGCUUCAUCUCUUGGGAUGAUCUGAUGAUCGCGUCUUCAACAGCUGAAAUCUGCAAAACCCAUAGACAUAACUACAAUCUGCUAACACCUUGUGCCAACAUCUUCUCGUCGGGAACAACAGGUUUGCCAAAGCCAGUCAUAGUGAAUCAAGAAAGGGCCAUUAAGAUGUCUAAAGUCCUCUGCAUGGUGGGUGUGACACCAGAUGAUAUCAUCUACACCACUACUCCGCUGUAUCACGCAGCAGCUCUAUUUGCUUUGUUUGGAGUCAUAGAUGCAGGGGCUACAAUGGUCCUAAGAUCCCAGUUUUCUGCGUCACAUUUUUUUGAAGAUUGUAGAAGGCACAACGUCACGAUUGCCGUUUACAUUGGAGAGCUUGCCAGAUAUCUUCUGCACGUCCCAGCGAGUCCAGAAGACGGGAAACAUAACAUCAGAGUGAUGCUAGGAAAUGGUCUUCGAGCUGAUAUAUGGGAGAAAUUUCAAAAGAGAUUCAAAAUCCCUAAGAUAGUUGAGUAUUUUGGUGCUUCAGAAGGACCUGUUGGUUUUAGCAACACGUGGGGAAAGGUUGGAUCGUGUGGGAGACUCUCUCCAUUUCUAAACAUGAUAAGUCCAAUGAAAUCCUACAUUGUGCGGUAUGAUCCAAAAACAUACCUUCCUUUGAGAAAUAAGUCUGGACGAUGUAUUCCUUGCAAUAUAGGUGAAACGGGACUUUUGAUUGGAGGAAUGCCGAACAAAGCAAUGCCUACUGAAGGUAUCUACUUAGGGGACAUGGAAAAAAGUGAAAAGAAAAUUGUCAGAGAUGCAUUUGACCAUGGGGAUGUUUUCUUUAAUUUUGGAGAUUUAUUGUAUGUAGACAAAGAGUACUUUUUGUAUUUCAAGGAUCGAAUCGGAGAUACUUUUAGGUGGAAAGGUGAAAAUGUGUCUACAAAUGAAGUAGCUAACGUUCUAACAGAACUACCAUUUAUACAAGAUGCUAAUGUGUACGGAGUAGAGGUACCAGGUACUGACGGCAGGGCUGGAAUGGCUGGGAUCUUGUUAAAAGAAUCUGUAGAUUUCAAGUCUGACCUGUUGCCCGAAAUAUACCAACAUUGUGAAAAGAACCUACCUUCAUACGCCCGUCCAAUGUUCCUCCGAUUCAUCAAAGAAAUGCCUCUGACUACAACUCUUAAACAGAAAAAGGUGGAAUAUGUUAAAGAAGGGUUCAAUCCUGCCAUCAUCAAUGACCCAUUGUUUCGUAUUUCUCCGGAAACUAGCACUUAUGUUACCCUCACCACAGAAAACUUUGGUAUGUUUUUGGCCAAAUCAAGAUUAUGACACAUUGAAAGCUAUUCCAAAAUUACUUAAUUUACGUUGUAUGGCUGACAGAUUUUUAGUAUUGAUGUGGGAAGUAUUGUUUAAAAUAUCAUUUACUAAGGAACUCAUCCAAACAUUUAACAGUGGGUCAUCUGCCAUGUUGAUACCCACUGACUGCCGCAUUCCACGCCAUUGAUCAUCCCCCAAAAUGACCUAUGGAAUUAUGGGCGAUUUUUUCAGUGUAUCUAUUCAUAUCUUUAUACUCGGCGUCGGUUGAUACCGUUACAUUUUGCUUUGCAUUCCACAAGGAUCUUUCCUGGAUACUAAGUUGGACUGUUUCUCUCUAAGCAAAUUUAGCUUUACCUUUUGAGUCAGUUUCGACAGUAUGGGAUGAACUAUCACUGCUAUAACUGACUCACAAGUUCACUCGAUACGUUUGCCUGGUGAUAAGAGCAACUGAACUUUGGGAUGACUAAUUUUCUAUAUUAGAAGUUCAUAAUACCAUUACCUGUCUUUCCGGACGUGCUGAAACUUACCCAGACGGACACCUUCACCAGCUCUUGUUUGCAACAAUCAAGAUAAAGCAGAUCAAGUGAAGAUUUGAAUUUAUAAAGAAUGACAUAGAAUCAAAAUGCAGGAGAAAACAAUAUUUUAUAUCAUCGUGUUUUGAAAAACAUUUGUAGUAUACUUUGACCGUCAUCUUAGGUUGAAAAUCAUAUACCAUCUAUUGUGAAAAUGUGUUGCUUCCAUAUUAAUAAUUUUGAAUGCAUUGUUUUAUAACUACCGAGUCUUACAAUGAUCUUAAUAAUGCAUUUGUCAUAUCAAAA